CACCGCCCCUCCGCCCCAGUCACUGAGCCGCCGCCGAGGACUCAGCAACCUCCCCCUUGAGCCCCCUCGCUUCCCGACGCUCCGUCCCCCCUGCCCGCCUUCUCCCGCCGCCGCCUUCCGCAGGCCGUUUCCACCGAGGAAAAGGAAUCGUAUCGUAUGUCCGCUAUCCAGAACCUCCACUCUUUCGACCCCUUUGCUGAUGCAAGUAAGGGUGAUGAUCUGCUUCCUGCUGGCACUGAAGAUUAUAUCCAUAUAAGAAUUCAACAGAGAAACGGCAGGAAGACCCUUACUACUGUCCAAGGGAUUGCUGAUGAUUACGAUAAAAAGAAACUAGUGAAGGCGUUCAAGAAGAAAUUUGCCUGCAAUGGUACUGUAAUUGAGCACCCAGAAUAUGGAGAAGUAAUUCAGCUACAGGGUGACCAGCGCAAGAACAUAUGCCAGUUCCUGGUAGAGAUUGGACUGGCUAAGGACGACCAGCUGAAGGUUCAUGGGUUUUAAGUGCUUUUGGCUCACUGAAGCUUAAGUGAGGAUUUCCUUGCAAUGAGUAGAAUUUCCCUUCUGUCCCUUGUCACAAGUUUAAAAACCUCACAGCUUGUAUAAUGUAACCAUUUGGGGUCUGCUUUUAAUUUGGACUAGUGUAACUCCUUCAUGCAAUAAACUGAAAAGAGCCAUG